GUGUACGCCGAGAAACACCGGUCGGGACAGCGCACCGGCAGAGGCCUAACAUGGUUUCCUGCGUGUCAUGAGUCAGUACUGCCGUAAUCAGGUGCAGUUUCAUUCAAAAUAAUGAGAAAUAAUCGGUAUGUGAGUUAAAUAAUAUGAGUGGAUGACGCGGCACGCGGUGGUCACCACCACACGCGUACAGCUGCCUGUCUGACGCCGCCGCCCAUUGGCUGCGGGAACCGGUCGCGCCCUCCCCGCCGCCGCACACCCCUCCCGCGCCCGUCACAACUUACAAACGAAUUCUUAUUCAUAUCCCUUGCUACAACCGUUGCUGCCGUUGACGGAGCACUCUACGCCCGUAUUUCGCGUAAUCUUAUCGAAAUGUGCCCAAUGUUGAAUGUGAUUUGUGUAUUCGAUCAGUGAAUUUCAAAUAAUCAUACAAGUCGUCCAAAUUAAGUGUAGCGUCUGAGUUCUAGCCCUGCGCUAUGAAAACGAACAGACAAGCCAGUGUUUUUGUACUUUUUGUGUCGGUGGUCGAAGAGCGGCUUCGGUGCAGGGUUACCUUUACCAUGUGCGUCAGGUAGUGUUUUGCUCGUAUUAGUUUGUCCACAAACUAAUAAUGUUGGCGCGUAGAUACAGUGGUGAGCAGUGAGUGAGUGAGGCGUGGUGUUUCGGUGAUUCAUAGUGCGCUGAGGAUAUGAAGGUGACGGUGUGCUUCGGGGCGGUGAGGGUGCUGGUGCCCUGCGGCGCGGGCGACUUGCUCGUCCGGGACCUGGUGCGGGAAGCCACUCUUCGCUUCAAGAAAGCCACGGGACAGGGCCCCGAAACAUGGGUGGGAGUGCGAGCGCUGCGCGCCAGCUCCGGCGGCAUCCUGGACCCGGACGACCGCGUGCGCGACGUGGCCGACGACCGCGAGACGCUCACCGCCGAGUGCGCGGCGCAGGCGCCGGCGCCGCGGGCGGCGCAGGCCGACGGCGCCAGCGGCUCCAGCGCGGGCACCGCAUCCCCGGACAUGUUCCGAGGCGGCGGCGGCGUCGGCGGCAGUAUGCGUGUGCCCAACUCCGAGUCGUGCGUGGAGGUGGGAGCGGCGGACCUUGAAGACGGCGCCAACGGACUGCAGGUCCGGCGCGGCAGUGAACCCACCUUGCACCAGGACACCUUACCUCCUCAACGAACGGCCACAGAGCAGACGAAACGCUGGUCAGCAGCGGUAGUCUGCCGGGACGACAACAGAACAACACAGAAAGUGCAUCCUUUGCCGGAUGGCCGGCCGCCCGACCCUGACAGACUCAGCUCCGGACACUUCCAGCGACAAACCAAUAGGCUCUCCAUGCAAUUCUCUGGACCGGGGAGUGGAGUAUGGCUAGACGCGGCCGACAGAGUGCAGAGCUACGGCAGCAAGAGCUUGCCCCGCGACGCGAGAAGAGAGCCCCUCGGCCAGGACACGUCGGGCGACAACCACCGAGUAGAAGACAUGUUGCGAUGGGUGUCCGGGGUCAACAAUGUCGCCAGCGUGCAUCCGCAGGAGCGCCCACUUGAUCUCUUACCCGAGGUGGGCAGCACGGAACGCGCGAUAUCCGGCCAAGAAGUCCCAGUGAGCCCGAGCAGCAAACCAGCAACAGCAACGCAGAAUGUUUCCGUCACGCUCGUGAAAGGCGAGAAGGGACUAGGCUUCACAAUCACCACCAGGGACAACCCGACGGGCGGACACUGUCCUAUCUACAUUAAGAAUAUUCUUCCUAAGGGUGCGGCGGUAACGGACGGCCGGUUGCGCGCCGGAGACCGGCUAGUGUCCGUCAACAACGUGUCCGUCUCCGGCCUCACGCAGCAACAGGUGGUGUCGCUGCUGAGGAACACGCCCACCGACUCCACUGUUGACAUCGUGGUGCAGCGGCCUGUCAGCAGAACACAGAGGGUUGAGCCCCAACAGAGUCCCCAAAAAUUCACUGAAAAGGCGAUAGGCACGCCCAACGGCCAAUCCAAACCUGUAGACAUCGGUGAGAACGGGAGAGUGUCUAGUAUAGUGAACGCCAUCAACCAGGGCUCAACUCGGGGCAGGAUACCCAAGAGCUCUUCCAAGGACGACCUCAUCAAAGACCAGGACACCUCGCUGCAGGACGCUUUGAAUUCUAGUUCUAACUCUAUCCUUAGUUUAAGAAAUCGUCUGAUCCUUCGGUUAGACGUACCUGUUCACGACUCCGAAAAGGCUGGGCUUGGCAUCAGCGUCAAAGGCAAAGUCACCGUGGGCACGGAUCCUCAAGAUCUCGGCAUCUUCAUCAAGUCAGUGCUACACGGCGGUGCCGCUUCUAGAGAUGGCAGAUUACAUACAAACGACCAGCUGCUGAGCGUAAACGGUGUGUCGCUAGUGGGGCAGUCCAACGCCGAGGCCAUGGAGACACUCCGGCGCGCCCUACUGCACGCGAGGCCCAGCGUUCGCGGCAGCAUCUCACUCACCAUCGCUAGAAGGACAGAUAGUAUGGACAGCCUGGCUCGAUGGAAAGACGACACGCCGCCCAACGGCAACGAAUCCACCAACAGCGUCGAAAACAACAGCUCCCAGAACUUCAACACGGUCAUAUACAACACCGACAAGGAAAACAAACCCACCGACUACAACCAGAACAAAUUCGACAACCACAAAGACCGGAGCAUAGACAACGAACACAGAGGCAGCAAGAAACACGCGUCCAUAAUCACAAUAAAUAAUAACACGAGCUGGGUCUCCAACCAAUCCGAUGAUAGCAAAGGGUAUUUAGAAAGAGAGAAAGAUACGGUUCCUCAUGAUCCUAAAAGAGAUAGCUUCGAAUGGAGUCGGCUAGACGGUUGGAAUCCGGUUAUAGAUAGACUGACUGGUCUAAGGAACGAGAGUUACUAUAUGGCGACGCAACUGGACGCGCCGGUGACGAAUGGUCAUUUCAGGCCGAAUGUGGGACAUGUUCAUAUGUCGAGGUCGCCGCCAGCGCACCAUAAUGUUAUUAUUGAAGAAGACUAUGGAACCACCACGAGAGGAAGCACAAGCGGCCCCGGCGAAUCAGGCAGCGAAAGCGGAGCGGGCUUCAGUCGGGACGCCGUAGGACGCCGCUCCAUGUCGGAGAAACGCCACGCCGCCAUGGACGCCAAGACCACCGGCACCUACAAGAAGAUCAAGGAGAUCAAGGCACAGCACUCAUUACAAGUGGGACCUUCACUGGGAAUGCGGAAGUCGUCUAGUUUAGAGUCCCUACAAACAGCGAUACAGGAAAACCAAAGGAACCCGCGGAACGAACCGAUAUACGCGCGAGCGCAUCCACCGCUGAAGCACUGGCUGACGGACGGCGGGCGCGGGCCCGAGGGCAUGGUGCGCGGCUCGCCGCAGCAGUCCUCGCUGUCGCACAAGAAGCCCGGCCUGCUCAAGUCGCUCUCCAAUAUGUUAAGAAUCGGCAAACCCCACAAAAAGCCGGAAACGGAAAUAUACGGGAGAUCUCAACCAGGCCGAGCAUCGGAGAAGUCUCUAUCGAGGGAAGCGCUAGAGCGGCACAACCGAGAGGAGAGAUUGGAAGAAACUACGCAUAACAAGCCCGAGAUCCACCACUCGCGGCAGAGCAGCGGGGAGCGCUCCGAGCGUGCGAACGCGCACGCGCACGGCGCGCCGCCGUACCGCGCGCCGCCUGCAAGAACAGCGCCCACGCACCAAGGAAUGGAAAGUGCCUGGGGACCAACCGGCCACUACGUCAACUACGACGAAAUCCAACAAAACCUUAACGCGCGGCGUGAAAAGUUGAGCGAGGUGCAAAUAGGACAGAUGAGGCGGCAGGUCCAUGCGCAGAGGGCCAAAGUCGAGGAAGAGAGCCGCCGUGUAGGCGCUACCACUGGUUACCACUCGCAGCGCUCCUGUAGAGACCCGCCCGCCCCGCGGCCGCAGUCCAACUACUACGAGUACGAGAGCGCGGCCCCCAAGCGGCCAGGCAAGCUCUCACAUUACCACUGAAGAUCUGUACCUGUAGUUUUUAGGGAAAUAUGCCACUUCAAAGGCCGACAGGGCUCAAAAAUUGUGUUGUCCAAUGGCCAUAGGUCCGUUGCACCAAACCACAAUAAGUAUA